AAAAGAAGUUAAGACAACUAACCGGUACUUCACUUCAGUAUCAGCUGAGCUUGAUACAAUUCCAGUAGGACCGAUUUAAAUCCAUCGGACUUUUUUAAUAGCUCUCCUCCCUGUAACACUUUCAAGAUGGUUGGACUGAAACCCUCAGAUGUCCCCCCUACUCCAGGUGUGAAGUUCCUCAGUGCUGGAACUGCUGCCUGUAUAGCAGAUCUCUUCACUUUCCCACUGGACACAGCUAAAGUCAGAUUACAGAUUCAAGGUGAAAAGGCAACUGUUGAAGCUGCUAAAAAUAUCCGAUAUAGUGGAGUGUUUGGGACCAUUUCCACCAUGGUUAAAACAGAAGGUCCAAGAAGUCUAUACAAUGGAUUAGUAGCUGGACUGCAGAGGCAGAUGGCCUUUGCUUCAAUUCGCAUUGGCCUCUAUGACUCAGUCAAGCAGUUCUACUCCAAUGGGAAAGAAAGUGCUGGAGUUGGAAUCAGGAUCCUGGCAGGCUGCACCACUGGUGCAAUGGCGGUGUCUGUUGCACAGCCCACAGAUGUGGUGAAAGUCAGGUUUCAAGCGCAGUUGACCCUUAAAGGUGUUGAGAGGAGGUACAAGGGCACCAUGCAGGCCUACAAAGCCAUUUUCAGGCAAGAGGGGAUUCAAGGUCUUUGGAAAGGCACUCUACCAAACAUCACCAGAAAUGCCAUUGUUAAUGCCACAGAACUUGUAACUUAUGACAUCAUUAAGGAGACAAUCCUCAAGUACAAACUGUUGACAGAUAAUUUACCCUGCCACUUCUUUUCGGCUUUUGGAGCUGGGUUCUGCACCACAGUCGUCGCCUCUCCAGUUGACGUUGUAAAGACCAGAUACAUGAACUCUCCCCUGGGGCAAUACAAGAGCGCUAUCAACUGUGCCUGGACCAUGUUUACUAAAGAAGGACCAACAGCUUUUUAUAAAGGAUUUGUUCCCUCAUUCUUAAGGAUGGGUUCAUGGAACGUAGUGAUGUUUGUGUCCUUUGAACAACUGAAAAGGGCAAUGAUGAUGUCCAAGCAGUCUUUGGAGGGCACUGCAUAAACCUUCCUUGCUAUGGAGGGCAAUAAUCCCCAAUUCAGAACCUACCAUUAUAUUUUCUUAAGCGUGAUUUGCACAGGACUAAAAAUGAGGUGUCCUCAGAGUUGGUCAAAAGCAGAGGAUGUCUAGUAACCUCCCAGACUAGGAGUGGAUUAGUUUUUAUCAAAGAAAGUCGGCAAAUUCAAAAUGAAAUGCGAUGUUGUGGCCAGAGAAGGCGCUUUUGUGCACGAUUUGUAAACAGUGAACUGGGUGUAAAUGACUAAUUUCGUUGUACCUUCCUUUCCAAAGGCUACAAUAACCAUUUUGUCCCUUAAUAUGUAUUUCCAUACAUACCUUGAAAUGCACCGUUAAGUCGGCAAUUAUGUUUUGUAUUUUCACCCCAAUCCCGCUUGGUUAUGAGUUUAAAAUUUUACAGACGGUCCUGAUGUCCUGUAAAAAAAAUCAGGGAUAAAAAGAAAUGGACGGUUCGCACGGGACUACAUUUCACAGAUUAAAAUUCCGAAAACACUUGUUUAAGUGGUGAAUUUUAGGGCUUUAGUUGCAAUCAGUGUAUCCAAUGGACUGAUAAACCUGAGCCUUGAAAAAAAAGACAUGAAAGAUAUUAGAAGAAUAUCCUGCAUUUCAGCACUCCGUGGGCUCAAUAUCACACCUUGGUCCACCUAAUCUUUCACAGAUUGAAGUGAAAACAUACCAUUAUAGUGUCAGAGCAACACACUUUUUGAUCAACUGUCUGAUGGUACUCUUUUGUAAAUGAGGAUUGAAGGUUAUGCAUUUUAGUUAAGGCAUUUGCAGACUGACCAUAACCCUGUAGUCCUUUAUUAGUCCUCUGCUUUACGAGGAUGAGGGUUUAGGCACAGGCCGUUUCUUGGGGAUCUCAAGUUGGCUCUUUCUUAACUGGUGCAGCACAGAUUUCACUUUUUGUUCAGGAAACGAAAAAAUAAAGAACAGAUUGUUCAUUGCCAACUGCUUUUAGCUGCUGUGCACAGUGAUCCCAGCUUGCACUGGCCGUAUAGAUACCCAUCUUCCAGUUCCCUGUGGAAGUCACUGGACAGCAUGCCUGAGGAGGGAACUAGAGGGGGUGUAUUGUGGUCUCACAGGCCCUAAUGUUCUGAAGAUCAAAGUCUUUUUUAACUUCAUAUGAUGUACUACAUAGACCUAACUGAGAGAAAAUGUUUAGAGACUAUGCAGCCUGUAUAAUGUGAAGCUAUUGAAAUAUGUAUUUAUAUUGAAGAUUAAUUGUAACAAAAUGUACCUUUUUAUCAAAACAUUCUGUUGUUGACACUUUAUUAUAUUCACAGAUCAUUCCUCUACCUAACUUCCAUAGUAUGUUUGGCUGGCAACCUUAAUCAUCAAUGAAUUCACCCACAUGGUAAUUAAAGACAGAGAGCUGAACCCCAACCUUUAAAAGAAACAGUUAAUGACUUUUGGAGAAAUUAAACAUGGGUACAAUAUUCUGCACUGCAUAUUGUAAAUGAGCAUGAGCCACCGACAGCAUUACUGCAACAACAGAAUUUCUUUGGAGAUCUCCCAGCUAAUAAAUCUAGAAGACUGCAUUUACAGCACAUAAGUUGAUUUGACAGGCAGUGGUACUCCAGUGGCUCUGCGCUUGUAAUGGUUAACGAAUUCCUAAUUCAAGUCUAUUAAAACAUAGAAGUGCAACUAUUGUAAAAUUAGCAGGUGCCAGGAGCUUUAUAGAAUCUACUCUGAAUUGGUUUAGGUAAACCCUCUCAGCCAAGUGGGGCUCCCAUUUGUGAAAGCAUUUAUAGUUAUAAAAGGUAGGUCUUUAAAAGUUACGGCAAGUCAAAAUAUUCUAGUGAUAGUGACUAGCUGAUGUUAAAGAAUCAGAAAAAACCAUUAACCCUCAUAAGGACACGUUGGAAAACUGACUUUCCUGGUAACCUGGGGUCCAAUCGGAUAUCUGUUAAAGCGACUGAGUAAUAGGCAACAAACUAAACUUAGGAGCUGCUUCAUGUCACAUGACUCAGCCUUAGUUUCAGUUUGCUGUUGUUUUGCUUAGGAACGUCUGUUCAGGACAUACGAUACAUCAUUGGAAAGCUCUAAUUCUGUUAUUACAGUGUCUAAGAUAUUCACACGAGAAGCUCAGGCCUGCCGAUACACUAUGCCUGGGGUCCAUACGGACCCCAAACCUAAAACAAUGUGUGAAAUUCAACCAGGCUACCUGGACUAGAAUUAUUCUUUGCAUAGUGUAACAAGAUGGGUGCCUGACAACUACCUAAAAGGAAACAAAAAUCAAGUCACUAGAUCCACAUAAUAACUGAUACUAAAGCACUGUGGUGUCCGAAUGGAUCCCACGUUACCUUAUGAAGGUUAAAUGCAAAUUAACAGCUGCUACAGACAAAGGGUGUGAAGACUUAUGCGAUCAAAACUUUCUGGGUUUUUUUUUUAUUUUUAAUUAUUUUUUGAAUAUUUCUAUAAUUGUUCUUUCACGUUGAAAGUGUAGAUGAUGUUGUGUAGAUCAGUGAAACAAACUCCUACUUUAAUGCAUUUUGAAUUGUGAAAAAUGUUCAAGGGUGUGAAGACUUUUUGAAGGCACUGUACUUCCAAGAAAAAAAAAAAGACAGAAUUUAACUUCAAUCAAAAGUUGCAAACCAGAUAUACAGUAUCAAAUGAAUUUUACUAAACACACAUUUAGGGAAGACUAACAUUGAUGUGGUUCUCUUCUAACAGCAUUUGUUAGAGCUUAUACAUAGCUCUAAUAAAAGUGAAAUGUAUUCUUACAUAUUAACUAGAUAAUACAUUAUGCAGGUGCUUUUAAAAGAAAAAACAAAAACACACACACAAAAAAACAUACAAGCAAAAAACAGUGAAAUGCUGAUCAUGAUUAAUGUGAAUUAUGAUGUAUAACAAGACAGCAAGAAACUCUGGAAAUAAAUAGUUUUCCUGAGCAUUCACAAUUACAUAGCACCUAAUCACACUGAAUGCGAUAAUGCACACUCGGAAGUACAUGCUAUUUAAAGCAAGAGACUUUGUAUGCAUGAUGAAUUUUGUUACACAGCAGUCUUCAUAUUUCCAGUUGUGCAAUUAAAUUGUCAAACCCUGUUCAUUAUUUUAUUAUUAGCAUUUUUUUUAAAGUUGUAAGGUCUUACUUUAUAUUAAAAUACAAAAAAAAAAAAGUAUUUCUGUUUUUUCUGACUAGAAUCUUUGUAAACAGCAAAAUGAUUGUCAUAGGUUUUCCAA